AUGUUCGAGGCCGUCGAAACGAAUCUCAAGAUCCUGUCGUAUUUUAUGGACGCAGGAUUUGACGCAAAUACCGUCGAUCCACGACGAGGAGAUGGUCGCAUGAACCUCCCGACAAGGGUUUUAAUCGCAGGCUUCCACGUACCGUCACAUGCAGCAGCUAAGUUCCUCUUGGAAAGAGGAGCCGAUAUCGAUGUGCGAAAUCCAUUAACUGACGUGACACCGCUCUUGUUCAUGGCAAGGAGAACAUGGAGUCCUCGUGGGACUCGCCUCCGCGAGGCGGCUGCUGACUGCCUCUUGCAGCAGGGAGCCAACAUGUUCUUUACGAGCAACCGGGUUCAGAAACCGUUGGUCAAGGCUGCUAUGAAAGGAAGUGCUGGCAUUGUCAGAAUAUUUCUGGAAUGGUAG